CCUCAGCCUCCGCAGCCGCCCCAACCUCCUCCGCCAUCGCCUCUGCCUCCGCCGCCGCCUCCGAUCCGUCCACGGCCCCGGCCCCAGCCCCGGCCCCGGCCCCGACCCCAGCCUCGGCCCCAGCCCCGCCCGCGGCCCUGCAAACCUCGGCCCCGGCCCCCGAGGCCCAGCCGCAGGCAUAAUGCUGCCCAGCUCCAUCCAGAUAUCGGGGGAGCCCCUGUCAGGCGCCGAGGUGCGGGACAUCUGCCGCGGCCUGCGCGACAACGCCGUGCGCCUGCUCUCACUGCGCGGCUGCCGCCUCUGCGACCGCGACUUCGGCCGCAUCUGCCGGGCCCUGGCCGGAGCCACGUCCCUGGCGCAGCUCAACCUUAACCUGGGCGUCGUGUCCAGCCCCAGCCGCAUCAAGCAGCUGGCGGAGGCGCUGCGGACCAACCGCUCCAUCCAGUCCCUCUUCCUGCAUGGGAGUCCCCUGACAGAUGCUGGACUGGCCUUGCUGAAUCCAGCCCUGGCCCUCCACCCUGCCCUCGUGGCUCUGGACCUGGGGGACUGUAUGCUGGGUGAUGAAGCCAUCAACCUCAUCUGUGGCCUCCUCCCCCCGGAUGGGGCCAAGUCUGGCUUGAAGGAGCUGACGCUGAGUGCCAACCCUGGCAUCACCCCUAAGGGCUGGAGCCGCCUCGCCAUUGCUGUGGCCCAUAGCUCCCAGGUUCGCGUCCUCAACCUGGACUACAACCCCCUGGGUGACCACGUGGCAGGGAUGCUGGCUGUAGCUGUGGCGUCUAGCCGUACCCUAGAGGUCCUGGAUUUGGAAGGCACAGGGCUCACCAACCAGUCAGCACAGACUCUGCUGGACAUGGUAGAAAACUACCCCACAGCUUUGAGGAGCUUGGUGUUGGCUGAGAACAGCAUUAGCCCAGAGCUGCAACAGCAGAUCUGUGACCUCCUCUCUGAGGGGGAGGAGGAGGAGGAGGUGGCAGCAGGGGCUGGCGACACCCCAGAGAGAGGAAGGGAGCCUGCUGCCCACCAGAGGGGCAGCAACUCCUGGAUGUGCCCCAGUGAUACCAGCUCUCAGAUGGUGCUAAUGACGUCUGGACUAGGGGACAGUCUCUUGGCUGAGACAGAGAUGUGACCCUCCACUUGGGCUCCAGCGCAACAUUACAUUUGCCCACGUUCCCAGCACCUAGCCCCAGAUAUCAGGGUCUGGUCCUGGGGCUUGGGAAGGGAACACAGGGGCGGUGCCUGGGGCUCUGGCAGCUCUGGCAUUGUGGUGGGAGGCUCUGGAAGCUGGGACUGGGCAACAGCCUUGAUGGACACUUGAACCCAAGGCAAUGCUUCUGGACUUGUUAGCAGCUCUGGCUGCAGCCCGCUGGCUCAGAAGAGAUUUAAUGAACUCCACAA